UUAUUUAAAAUGAAUUUGGGUUAAUGAAUUUGAAUUAAUGAAUUAAUUUAAAUGAAUUAUUUUUCUCAGUGUACUUUGUAGUAGUAACUAAUCGGUAAUUUCUCACAGUGUAUUCGCUGUGUGUACGCCUUGCCAGUAUCGAUUGUUUUGCCCAUGACCAUUUUAUCAGUUUGUUCCCAAAAAAAAAAGAAACAGGCAGUGAUUUCCCGCCUGAAUGAGUGGCCCUCAUACUUGUUUACAAGUUAGCUCCAAAAAUGAUCAUAACAAGUUACCGUAUGACUACAAACAAAAUAGCAUAGCCAAUGGUAGUGAUAUUCACGGCAGCCAGACACCACGGCGACACUCAGGAUGGGUAGGCAGCCACCAACGACAACGAACAAACGCAUGCACAUGGCUGUUGGAUAGACAAAGGGCUCUGCUGAUGCGUCGGUCAGCCAGCCACAACAAGGGACACACACACGCACAUGUGGUUGGCAUAGGCAAGGGCCCCACAUGAUUGUUGGUCAGCCAGCAACGACAGCGACCAUACGCAUGUACAUUGGAUGGUUGAAGGGAGAAUGCCUGGCGUUGGAUGAUCGCUGCUGUGGUGAAUUUGAAAACCAGGUAUGAGCGAGAACGAAUAAAAGGAGGGGUGCAACAGGCAAAGGAGAUCAGAAGUCCACCGUCGGAGGCGAAGCAACGAGUGUGAAGCCAAGGAGAUAUCGAUACUUCACCUACAGCGUUACCGCCGCACCCAAUCAUGGAUCCCGAACAGACCCCGGUGAAAACAAAGGCCUAUUUCAAGCAGCAGUGGCAACAGCAAGAGACUGCACAAGGCAGCCGAGGCCCCGGCCGAUCAAUUCCCCGCAGAAGGCGCCCGCUAGAAUCCCGCAGACGGACCUCGAAGUCUCCUCGGCCACAGUAGUUGCAGCUACCCCCGUGCUACGUAAGGCUGGAGAGGAUGGUGACCAAGCCCGUCUCGCGCCCGGUAGUGGCGGUGCGACCAAUACCCAGGCCAGCCAUGGCACCGGGGCAAACUAGCGGUGAGGCGCAACCCAGGCUGAGGCCAGCAACACCCCCGGCACAGAGACCGCUGGUGGAACCCCUAGUGCGUAGGCCGACCGCACCCAUCCAGGGCACAAUCGUCCUGUCGUCAGACUCCGAGGGGCCGCCGACACCGACGCGGCCAUACCGGUUGCUACCUAGACGUCCACCGACGCCCCCGCUGGAGGUAAUACAAAUUGUGGAAUUGUCAUCCGACGAGGAGGUACCGCCAAACUCGCUACCGCGCCCCUUCAGGUUCGUACCCUCAAAUCCACCGACCCCGCCGCCCGAGGUAUCCCCAGCUCAGAGUUCCGAUGAGUCAUCAGCUGAGGAGCUAGGCGUGAUGGGACCUGCACCGGCUGUGUCGACGUCGCCGCGUUACGUUGAUUCGACCGCUUCCGAGACGGAGAUGCCGACGUCCAGGCGAAACCCACGCUUGACAGCGACCCGGGUCCCGACCCCGCCACCAGCACGAUUGUCCAGCGCAAUUGUGGUACCGACGCCACCUCUACAGCGGAACUACGCCUACAACUGCCAAGAGCGCUUGCCGGACGAGGUCCAGCCGGCCCUCCAACGCCACAUCCGGGUAGCCCUAGCCUUCCAUGUGCCGCAUCGGCAGUACAAGAAGGUAGUGGAGAUCUGCGGCCGCCGCUACCGCAUUAUGGUUAACCGCCAAGGGAAGGUGUUCGUAAUGCCGAGAUGAACCAGCUCUUCCCGGAGGAGGGGAGUAGUGUGAUGACGGAAGUCGCUGGCUCGUUUCCGUCCACACCCAGUGGCGUCUCCAUUCGUGUUUAACCUGUGUUGCCUUUUUAUGUUGAAUUAUUUAAAAUGAAUUUGGGUUAAUGAAUUUGAAUUAAUGAAUUAAUUUAAAUGAAUUAUUUUUCUCAGUGUACUUUGUAGUAGUAACUAAUCGGUAAUUUCUCACAGUGUAUUCGCUGUGUGUACGCCUUGCCAGUAUCGAUUGUUUUGCCCAUGACCAUUUUAUCAGUUUGUUCCCAAAAAAAAAAAGAAACAGGCAGUGAUUUCCCGCCUGAAUGAGUGGCCCUCAUACUUGUUUACAAGUUAGCUCCAAAAAUGAUCAUAACAAGUUACCGUAUGACUACAAACAAAAUAGCAUAGCCAAUGGUAGUGAUAUUCACGGCAGCCAGACACCACGGCGACACUCAGGAUGGGUAGGCAGCCACCAACGACAACGAACAAACGCAUGCACAUGGCUGUUGGAUAGACAAAGGGCUCUGCUGAUGCGUCGGUCAGCCAGCCACAACAAGGGACACACACACGCACAUGUGGUUGGCAUAGGCAAGGGCCCCACAUGAUUGUUGGUCAGCCAGCAACGACAGCGACCAUACGCAUGUACAUUGGAUGGUUGAAGGGAGAAUGCCUGGCGUUGGAUGAUCGCUGCUGUGGUGAAUUUGAAAACCAGGUAUGAGCGAGAACGAAUAAAAGGAGGGGUGCAACAGGCAAAGGAGAUCAGAAGUCCACCGUCGGAGGCGAAGCAACGAGUGUGAAGCCAAGGAGAUAUCGGUGAGUAGAGUGAAAAGUGCUAAGUGACAUGGACAAAAGACUAAAGUGACAGUGUUCGAGAGCCGGGUAUUAUCGUUAAUCUUUGCCGUCUGAGCCCCGUAAACAGUGAACUUUCGUGGUCACUGCAACGUAACCGCUUCGUUAGACCUUCCCGCAAACAGUGAACUUUCGUGGUCACUGCAACGUAAAUGCUUCGUUAAUCUUUGCCGUCUGAGCCCCGCAACCAGUGAACUUUCGUGGUCCCUGCACCGUAGACGCUUCGUUAGACCUUCCCGCAAACAGUGAACUUUCGUGGACACUGCAACGUAAAUGCUUCGUUAAUCUUUGCUGUCUGAGACCCGUAGACAGUGAACUCUCGUGGUCACUGCAACGUAACCGCUUCGUUAAAC